AUGUUCUUCCUCUCUGUGCUCGCUGCUGCUGUUGCCGUUACUUGUGUUCAUGCUGCUGACUCGGACAUCACGCCGGGACUGUAUCAGAUCUUCAAUCGCAAUGUGACCGGAGGUUCGCUAAAAUCAGAUCGCAUGUACCAGACGUUGUAUGCAUCGACUGUUCCCACCAACACUACGUCUCCACCGGCCACGGCUUGGCAAGUUGCACAGAGUGGUUCUGGUUACACUUUUGGCAACUCGAGCUUCUCUGGAUCAGCGUCUACUGAAAACUGCGAGGAAUCGCCUGUCAUCACUGAUAACUCUGAGUAUGCCACCGCGUUCACAAUCGAAUCCGUUGGGGAUGGAUACUAUGCUAUCAAGUAUCCCGACACCGACCUGCUCUGGACUGUGGCCUCUGCAUACGGUGCUUCUCCGAACACCGUGACGGUCAAACUGAUGCCUACGGAUGGGACGUAUACUCAGCAUUGGAGUUUUGUAGGGUCGGAGACAGUUUGA